AUGAGCAGCUUUUGGGACCAAAAUAAGGGUACAAUUAAGGCCGGACUGGCCACUGCAGGUAAAUAUGGCUACCAAGGUACCAAGUUUGUGGCCAAAACCGGUUACAAUGCAGGAAAGCAACAGUACAACAAUUCUAAGGGGAUUACAACCGAGCGUUCAAAUAGCCCUUCCAGCUCACUUGAAGAAACAAUUCCUGGAGCGCCAAUUCCGAGUGUGGCUAUACAGACAGACGUGUCAAAUCUGCCACCACCCCCCUUGAAACCGGGCCAAUCGUCUUAUCAUGGCUCAUCAAGAUCAGGUGCACCAAGGUUAACAACGAUCACCCCGGCUGCGCCCAUGUAUCCGGGUACUAUUCAGGAGGCAAGUGUGACGGUUCAAGCUCCUGUACCAGCUUAUCAAGAACCUCAGAUGACCCAAACUCAGUAUCUUCCUGCAACUCGAGCUGCGGCGAGAUCUCAGCCUGUCUUACCAUCCAGAACGGCUUCAGCAAUCAACACUCCCAACCCGCUUCACAUCGAUACUAAAUCGGUAACUAAUCAGGACCCACUAAUUUAUCAAAGGGCUGUUCUUAAUGCCCCAGUGGCCGAGCAGGUUACAAUGCCAAUACCAUCCACCAGGCAUGAAACCGAAGCUGCACCAGCGUCAAAUACAAUAGCAGUAAAAAACGCCCAACCACCGAUUUAUACUGCACCUGAAACAUCAACAACAAACGUACAGCAGCCAUCGGCGAUUCCAUCUAUCCCUCAAAGAACGUAUUUCCGAGCUCCAGCUGCUUUACCCACCGAGCAAAGUAUCACGCCUGCUUCCGAACAGCUUGCACAUCAGGAAGAGAUAAACCCCAAGUUUCCACAUCAAACUGUAAAACCUUACGAGUGGAAAGAUGCAGAUCAAUUGAGGGAAAUGAAGAAAGUGCAUUUGCCUGCGGCUGAAGCCUCUGCUCUUUCACCACCACCACGGCGCAGGGAUACCUCUGCUAGUCCUUCUAGAGGUUCAGGCUCUCCUCAACAAAGUCUCAUUAGUCCAGUAAUGACAAAACCUUUGACAUCUGUCAGAACAUCCGAUAUCGAGAUGUCUCAAACUCUGAAUCCUCAGUCAGAAGUUGAAUCGGUGAAUAUGGCUGACGAAAGGACUCCCAUCAAUCUUGGCGUCGCUGGUAGAUAUAGCAAUACUGGUGAAGUGAACUUCCCACCUCCACCAAGAUUACAGAGGUCCGAAGUUCCACCUGCAGUGUCUUCACGCCAAACAAAUAUCACGCCUCAACCAAGCGGCGGUUCUGUGGCUAGAAGAGCACCACCAAGCUUGCCGGAACGAACCAGUACGUCGAGCACUGUCCCACUCUCUUCAAGGACAACAUACACACCGUCACAAUCCGCCAAAAAACAAGUGCAUGAUAAAAACGAAGCUCCUCGUAGCGCCGUUUUAGGAUCUUACAAUUACAAUCGACCAGUAGAUUUUCAGCCUCCGCCCAAACCGUUUAGAAGAGGUACUGAAACGUCAAUCAGCGCUUUGCCUACUCCGCCGCCAGCCCCUGCUCGCCUCACAACUCCCACCUACGUUGAUGAGGAGCCUACGCAUCCGGAAUCAUAUCCUCCUCCAUACUCGCUUGUAGAAGUCCCACCAUGCCCAGAUAGAACUAUAAAUCUAGAGAUUUUUGAAGCACCCAUACCGAAGGCCAAAAAAUUGCCGCCUGCUAAGAAAGCGUUCCCGCAUUCUUUACAGUCCCUAAACAAUGGAACAACAAGCUCCAAGAAAUCCGAUAGCGUUGAAACCAAAACCGCUCCGCCUAAACCGGCCAGAAAGAAUCUGUCCACUCCUCCUCCAAAACCUUCAAAAAAACCACAGCUACCGUAUGCACAGGUUGCAAAAACACCAGGCGGGGAGGGAAACGACCUAAAUGCUGAACUGCAGGCUAAAUUCAAUUUGAAGAAGACGCCCAAACCUACUGAAACGAUCGAAAGCGCACCAUCGCUGGCCGAGACCAGCACAACAUCUUUCAUUGACUUCUUCCAAUAUUAA